AUGGCUCCAGGUUCGGUGAUUUCUGCUGCUCGUCUGAGCGCAGGAAUGCAAGACGAAGAAGAAGAAGUGGGAGGAGAGGGAGAGGGAGAGGAACCAGGGGUACUGCGGAGGGAAGCGGCUGGGGAGGAGAAAGAUUGGGAUGUUGUUCCUGAGGGAAACCUCUCACAUGGGGUGGCCGAGAAGCUACUGCUGCGCCGAGCAGGCUGUGGCAAAAAGCAGCUGGUUCCAAAAGCUAGAGAGAGAUGGGACAAGCAGCAGCAGGAGGAGGAGGAGGAGAAGGAGAAGAAGAAGAUACUUUCGGCAGCGCACACUAAGCAAACUAAGCGACUCGGGCUGGAGAAAAAGCCCACGAAACCGCCCGCUCUAAAAAAAGCACCAGAGCAAACCACGCCGCGGCAAGGUGGGUUCGGUGCUGGAGUUGAUGGAUGGGAGUGUACAGAUGGCACAACCAUGGUCAAGCCUUUGCACCCUCUCACAAAGCGUGUCCUGUAUGCUGGACCGACACACACAUGCACGCCGAGCUCUCAGAGUCUUGACAGCAGCAGUCUCAGACAGUGA